AUGGUCGCCGAAAUACCCCUUGUCCCCGUAAAUCUCGCGACCGUAGCCCUUGAAAGCUGCCUCUAUGGGGCAUUCAUGGUCCUCGCCAUCACUUCGAUUUCUUUGCUUCGCGCACGCAACGUCAAACUCUCUUCGCCAAUAUUCCUGGGGGUUGUCGCAAUGACUUCGACUAUUACUGCGCAUUGGAUUCUCACCGUAGACCGGUCUUUCUUGGCUUUCUUAUAUUUCGAAAACGGGACAUCUCCUCUUGGAUUCUACGGAGACCUCUCUCAGAUUACUGAGGUCGUUAAAACCGGGUUUCUCAUGGCCACCCUGACAAUCGGGGACGCACUGAUUAUUCACCGUCUAUGGAUCAUCUGGAAUCGCAAGUUUGCUGUCCUAAUCUUCCCUCUUUCGACUCUUCUGGGCCUCACCGUUUGUGGUGUUGGGAUCACUUACCAGUUCACCCAGUAUAAACCUGGACAAAAUGUUUUCUUGUCGGAAGCCGGUCGCUGGAUAACUAGCGAUGCUGUCUUCACGCUUUCUACGAAUAUUUACAGUACUGGUUUCAUUACUUGGCGUAUUUUGAAGUCCAGUCGUGCGAUCAAACCAUUUGUGGGCGAUACUAGUAACCUCAUGUCUGUACUCGGAAUAAUCGUCGAAAGCGCUGCCUUGUACACAACCUGGAGUCUGUUCUUCUUCGUCACCUACCAGUCGGGGUCCAAUCUGCAGUUCAAUGCCGUGGACUGCUGGCCGGUCAUGAGCGGGAUCUCGUGCAUGCUCAUACAUGUCCGUGUUGGUCUUGGCUGGGCGCACAAGGCAGAAAGCACCGGCAACCUCAAGUCGACAGGGGUCGUAUCGUCUGGAAUACAGCGCCCAGGCGUCGCCGUCAAUAUUUCAAGGGCUGUUCACGCCACGAGGGAUUACGACCUCCCUCUCGACGAGCUAGAUGGCAGCCAGAGUAAAUUGGGACUUCGACAGAGUAAAUUGAGUGUUUGA